UAAUGAACGGAAAUGACAAGGAUGGUUGUGGUGUGGUAGUUUUGGAUUGGAUCACUUGUAGGCAUGCAGGAACGUUUUGGAAAUUCGCAACUGAAUACAAUGUUAAACUUCACCAGUGCCUGAUUUAUAGGAGGUUACUCGCAGUACAUAUGAGAGAGUACUUUAAAGACCCAAACAUACCACAGCCGGGUAUCAUGAUCGUGGCUCUUAACCGUGAAAGCAUCAAUGUCAACAAUCCGCGCUUAUGCACGGAUUUUACCGAAAUGGAAAAGGCUGGUUUUUUUGAGGAAUUUGAUCAGUUCAAAUGGGACGCCAAUGUCUCUAUGCAUUCUUUACAGGUCAAAAAAGAACCCCCUGGUUACGUGGCCACUCAUCCAUUUUGCCACUGGCAGAAAGAGGUGGACAGCAUGAGGGAAGAUGAAGACGUCCGAAGUUUGUUGGCGACAACGUUGACCAUGCUCGACGUAUCCGUUAAAGAUGUAAGACAUUUGGAACUAAGUUGCGUUUUUCACAUACUUGGGAGGGGGCGGGCGAAAGGAAGGGGCCAAGGACCGUGGUCUGAAAAUUUGCAAAGAGGCCACUUGAUGGGAUCCAUCAGUGGCUAGUUUUCCAAAAUUUAUGUUUUUUUUUCUCGCGUAACAUUUGACAGCGAGUGGUUGAUACGUUUAAAAGUUGACUUUAUACUUGUUUUAUUCAAUCCUUCCAGUUUGUCUAUUGGUGUCAGAGUCACUCUCAUGCUAGAGAAAGGCAGCAAAUAGAAAGACGAAAACAGCAACUCGGUGCUUUAAAUUAAAGGGAAGAAGGCGACAGCUACCUGA